UGACUGUGUUCCACUCUGGUUUGGGGACCAGUGUUGGUUGGGCUUUGUUUCGUCUGUCAUUCAUUGGUGACUCGGCCCUCUACUUUGUAUGAAAGAUGUGUCACGGACGCGCUGCGGUUCCCACUCCGUCGCCUUUGCCCCCUUCCUCCUGGGGUAAACUGCUGCAGAGGAUCGCCGAUCUGACCGGCAGCUCCCCGGCUCAGUUUCCGCCGGACCGGCUGGAACACAAAGCAGAGCCCAGUGUGGACACUGACAGCGAUUACUGGAGUUUGGAAUCGGACCGUGACUCCGUCACCGACGACCCGUUUGAGGAGUUUCUCUGCGCCGAUGUGAUGCAGCUGGUUGAGCAGAGCCUGAGCGAGGCCAAGCGCGGUGCCCUUCGCUGCUUCAAGCUCCUCAUCCCGGAGGAGCUGAGCGGCCAGGUGGCGGAGGAGCUGCUCCGGCUGGCAGCCAGCGAGCCCUGUGGCCUGCGGGGCGCCGUGCUGCACCUCAGCGUGGAGGAUGGCAACGUUUGCAAAGAUGUGGACCGGAUAGUGGUGGACGGCAGUCUGUCUCCCACCUUCGAGCUCGCCCUGGUGCUGAGAUUGGAAGCUGGUAUCUGGUCCAAGAUACAGGACCUCUUGACUUCGGGACCCUCCUUCACUCCCGGCUUUAGCCAAACACUCAGACUGAGCCCCAGGUUCCGGAUCAUUAAGAGAAAACUGUACAGUUCCAACGAGGUCUUGGUGGAAGAAUGCUGAGCUGGUGGUCACUGAGUGACUAGAACAACUGUUGGGGCAGAAAGUCUCCUCUUGGGGGGGAUCUGAUCUGGCCCCGGAACGAUCACAGGCUGAGCAAGUUUAAAGCGACACGUCGGCGCUCUGGGUGGGAACCUGCACUUGGAUGCCCUCCGCAAUCCGGAGUGUGCAGUGGCCAGUGUGGAGCCAGUUCUGCAUGGAGGGGACCUGUUUAGCAGUUUAAAAUGACAUGGUGCUAACUUGUGUAAAAAUGUAAAUACUACUUUGUGGGGACAGUGGGUCUGCCGGGCAGCCUACUUUUUUCACUGGCAUUGGAUAUGCAUACAAUACAGAAUUUUGAUACUUCGGUGCUAUUUUUAUUGUUUGUACUAAGUGAAUAAAAGAACAAACUUGGAAUCUU